UGGCUUCCAGCUUUAGCACACCUGCGAUGGCGUCCCGCAUCAUCAUCAUCAACAGUAUACUGUCGUUUGCUCUCUUUCAAAUUGCAAUGUCAGCAAAAUUACCAAGUUCGUUUAAAAAGUGUGGAAGAACAGAUCCGAAAUUCGAUGUGUGUCUCAACGAUGCGAUCGAAGAUGCUAUAAAAAUUUUAUCAAGUGGGAUACCGAAACUUGGAUUGGUUGGAUUAGAGCCUUUGAAAAUAACACACUUAGUCAUAGGAAGAGGCAAAGGACCGAUUAGUUUAGACCUUAGCUUUAAAAAUUUAAAUAUUCACGGUAUCACUGAUGUCAAGAUAACAGACCAAAAAACCAAUCUUGAAGCUGUGAAACUAGAAUGCAAGAGUUUUAAUAAGAAAUUGGUCUUGGAAGGAGACUACGAAGUCGAUGGGAAAAUUCUGCUCCUUCCUAUACGUGGGAAAGGAAAAGGCAGUAUUACACUCGAUAAUGUUGAUGGAUACAGCAUAGUAACUGGAACACCAAUAGUAAGAAAAAAUAAGACUUACUUAGAAGUGAAGAGUUUUGACUACAGUUUCAAACCUUCAAGAAUGAGAUUACAAUUUGAUAAUCUUUUCAAUGGAGAAAAACAACUAAGUGAUAGCAUGAACAGGAUAUUGAACGAUAAUUGGGAGGAAGUCUUGAGAGAGAUGAAACCAAGUUUCGAAGAAGCCCUUUCUGAAAUAUUCAGGGACUACGUCAACCGACUGUACCAAAGAGUAUCAUUGGAAGAACUCUACCCACAGAGCGUCAAAGUCUGAUAGUAAAUAGUUAAUAGUUUGAAAUAUCUACGAUAUUCAUCUAAAGAGGGAUCUCAAAAUGAGAAAGACACACUCGUAGUCCUUUGGAACAUUAUUUCUAGCGUAGAAAUGGGAGCUCUAGUAAGGCCUUUCACUCUAUCAUGAAAGAAUCUAUUGUACAAAUUUUAAUUUAAUUUAAGGUACACGAUUCUUGUAAUAUAUCUAAAGGUUUAUGAAAAAUAGUGAAUUUCACAAAUAGCUUCUGUAUUCUGAGUUAAAUUUUGGAGGGAAAGUGUAUUUUGGGUGGAAUUUCGUUUACUGAACCAGGAAGAGUAUGGCAGUGUAAAAACAAGGUUUAGAAGAAAAGUGAGAAAAGGAAAUGUGAACUUUGGCAAGCUAUACAGUACAGGCAGUAUAUUUACUGAGGCACUGUAAUGAUAGAAAAGAAUAUCAGUAAACGGAAGAAAAAUAUUUUGUUGUUUGAGAUAUAUGAAAUUUAAGUGUUUUAAGAACUAAAUAACUUGGUAUAUCUUAAUUUAGUCUGUG